CGGUCAAACAGGAAGUGAGGAGAUACUGAUGGCGCCCGACUAGAAUGGAGGAGCAAUUAUCGCGUACAACUUCUUAUACAGUUUUGUCGUGUCUACUAAGUCAUAAACAAAUUCAACUCGCAAUACACAAUGGAAGGGGAGAUAGAGGUGGAGAGCAGCAGUGAUGUGGGUCCGUCGGGGUCCGGGAUGGAGGAGCCGUCGGAGAGUGGUAUGGGCAUGGAGUCGUCGGAGGCCAUGUCUGCAGACAGCAGCGACGCAGCGGCGCCACACGCCUCACGCCACCACAGCCAGCACCGCCAUGGGCACGGUCACCAUGGCCAGGCCCCAGAGUCAGACUGCCAUGUGGGACAAAGCUCAGAGGGUAUCCCGGCGUUCUUACCAGAGACCAGCUCCAGUACAGACGUCACCCACCACAGAGCCACCGUCCACCUCCCAGACUCCUCCUCUGUGGCCCAGUCCACCAGCGUCUCCACCGUAACCCAGUCCAUCCUGGUGUCCGGGUCGGCCCAGGUGACAGUCCACUCCAGUGCAGCGGUGUCAGACUGCGGGGGCAUGAUGGUGUCAGACUGCACAGCCUCUACCUCCUCAGACCUGGGAUCAGCCAUAGACAAGAUCAUAGAGUCCACCAUCGGACCUGACAUCAUGAACGGAUGUAUAGCAGUGACCAGUGCAGAGGACGGAGCUGCAGAGACCAGUGAGGGGCAGUAUUUGAUACUACAAGGACCAGACGAUGGGGCCCCUAUGGUGGCCCACAUGUCGUCCUCGGCUCUGUCCAGCCACCACCGCAUCGCCAUCGAGGCUCUGGGAGAGGGUCCUACCUCCACCUGCCACGACCAGGGGGACAUGCAGGAUAACCUGGAUCCAGACCAGCCCUCUGGGAGUCACUCUCACUCCGGCCACUACCCAGACCAUGAGGACCAGGACAACCAGCCACAGCACUCCCACGCCUCCCAGUACAUGGAGUGUAGCGGUGGAGAUGCGGACGGGCCUGAUCAGACUGGAGAGUCCUCCUCCUCGUAUGUAGACGAUGAGGAACCCGACCAGACACGUUCCUCUCGCUCCCUCGUCCGGUCCCGUUUCCCUGAGUACGGAAUAGUCGACAACUCUGGCCAGGACCUAAGGGGGUACGUGGAGUGUAGUGGUAGCGGUGCCACCGACUCCAACCCCUCGUCCCCUGCCCGCCUACGACACACCCACUAUAUGGUGGACUGCAGCGCGGGGACGGGGGCGUACCUGGAGUGUGCCGGGGACGAGGAAGAGGAUUCGAUGCAGCACCACUCUCGGAGCCACAUCGACAGCAGCAGCAGUGCUAACCAUUCCCAGAAUCACCAAACUCUGUCUAACCACUCCCAGAGUCACCAAACCCUGCGGCAGUAUGUGGAGUCCGGGGCUGCAGUUGCAGAUUCAGAGCAGCCCGGUUGUUCCAACUCCCACUCUCAGAGUCACCAAACCCUGCGGCAAUAUAUGGAGUCUGGGGCUGCAGAUUCGGAACAGCCACGAUGUUACCAAUACCAGGCUGAGGAAGGGCAAGGAGAGGACCCAGACCAGAACCAGGACCCAGACCAGCCACAGCACUCUGACCAGCAGCAGCCUCAGCACUCCCACUACAUGGAAACCACAAGCAGCAGCACUGGCCCAGAAGGCGAGGGUUCCACCACAGACCACCACCACCCCCAGGCAGACACCGCAGACUCGGGCUCAGCAGAUCAUCCAGAGGCUAUGGAGUGUUCUGAGAGCCAGCCUGGCCCUUACAUCAGUAGCAGUGGAACCUACUCCUACCACCCGGAGCCUGAGAUGGAAGAGGCCCCUGAACCUACAUGGUCCCCCAGUUUGGAGAGGCCUUCGAGGGGAGAGGAGGAGGAGGGCGGCGUGGUGGGGGGGUCUGGGGCUCCAGUCGUGGAGGAGGGGGCUGGGAGUGGACCAGGGGUCGCCGUCCCCCACACCAUGGCUGAACUGGAGGAGAUGAUGGAGGUGGUAAUCGUUCAGCAGUUUAAGUGCAAGAUGUGUCCCUACAAGAGUGUCUCCAAAGACACCCUCAUCAACCACAUGAGAGACAGGCACUUCAAACCCACAGGUGGCCCCCCUCCUAAGAAGCGUGGUCGUGGUCGUCCCCGGCGUAGUGAUACGUUGGCCCGUCAGCAGGCUGAGGUGAAACCAGAGCCCCAGCCAGAGGAGCCAGAGGACGAUGACAUUGUAGACGCUGGGGCCAUCGAUGACCCUGAAGAGGACAGUGACUAUAACCCAGCAGAUGAGGACUGUAGGGGCAGACAGCCUGCUCUCCUGCGACAACCUGUCCCCCCUCCCUGCUCCUCCUCCUCCACAGACCGCCCCAGACGCAGGGUGGGGCGACCCAGGAAGUUCACCUACACAGAGGGCAGCUACAACGGCAAGGAAGCAGUAGCAGACGGGACGUCAAAGCCUAAGGGGAGUGUGGAUCCUCAAGGCUCGGAGGAGGCCAGUUCCUCAGGCCUGGGAAAUGGCCCAGGUCCCUUGGCCAAUGGAAACACAGCGGAAGCCGGCAUCAGCCAAUCGGACUCUGAGAACAAAGACCCGUCGUCCAAUGGGAGGCCAGAAGAGCUUUUCCCAAGGAAACGGGGUCGACCCUCCAAGCGGUUCAUCAGAAAGAAAUACAAGAAGUACAUGAACCGCAAGUACUGUAAGUCUCUGAAGCCGCUCCUGAGGCCUCACAGUUGUUGGAUCUGCGGCUCUCGCUUCCUGUCCCAGGAGGACCUGAGGUUCCACGUUGACUCUCACCAAGGAAACGACCCAGAGUGCUUCAAAUGCCUGCAGUGUAACUACCGCUGCAAACGAUGGUCCUCGCUUAAGGAACACAUGUUCAACCACCAGGGGAACAAGCCCUUUAAGUGUGAGGAGUGUGACUACAGCAGUGUGUAUAAGAAGGAUGUCAUCAGACACUCUGCAAUACACAACAAGGACAAGAAAACAAAGUCUGAGUCACAGGUAUCUAAGGUGUUGUCGUUCCCGUGUCCAGUGUGCCACAGAGUCUACCCCAUGCAGAAGAGACUCACUCAGCACAUGAAGACACACAGUACUGAGAAACCACACAUGUGUGACAAGUGUGGGAAGUCCUUCAAGAAGAGAUAUACGUUCAAGAUGCAUCUCCUCACACACAUCCAGAGUGUUGACAACAGCAGGUUCAAGUGUGAGUUCUGUGACUAUGACUGUGACAACAAGAAGCUCUUGCUCAACCACCAGCUGUCCCACACCAACGACCGGCCCUUUAAAUGUGACUACUGUAAAUACUCCACCUCUAAAGAGGACUUCCUGGUCUCACACCUGGCCAUCAAACACACAGGAGAGAAACCGUUCUCCUGUGAGAUGUGCCACUUCAUGACGAAGCACCGUAAGAACCUGCGUCUGCACGUCCAGUGUCGCCACCCGGAGGCGUUUGAGGAGUGGAGUGCUACGCACCCUGAGGAGCCCGUCAGGCGGAGGAGGAGACCCUUCUUCACCCAGCAACAGAUAGAGGAACUCAAACAGCAACAUGACGACACACCGGGCCUACAGAACACUAUACUGGCGGUGGAUCCUGAUACACUACAAGCCAUGCAGACAAUGCAGAACGCCUCAGUCUCCCAAGAUGCAAUGGGAAACACCACCAUCAUCUACGAACAGGCUGGAAACUCAGACCUGUCAGCCCAGAAUGCUUUGGAUCUGCUGUUGAAUAUGAGCAACGCCAGAGAGCUGGUGGGAAACUCACUGCAGGUACAGGUGUUGAAGUCAUCUGACUCCAAUGUUCUAGAAGCAGGCUCCUGGACGGGCGUUACCUCGGCGACAGGGGGAGGGCAAAAAGUAGUGACCUUUCACGUGUCUGAGACCGGCGAGACCCUGGUGCAGGAGGUCCAGGAUGUGCAGGAGGGUUAUGAAGCAGGGACCAAUGAGAAUGGAGAGAUCACCCAGGUGGCCAUCCAGGCCUAUGAGGGGGCAGAAGGCUUCAGUGUGUUGGAACAGGUGGAACAAGCUACAGAGGAGAUCCACAGCACCGGACCUGGGUACAGCAGUGGCGAGGGCAGUCCUCAGCCCAUGGAAGAAGAGGAGGAGGGAACAGAAAUAGUCAGAGAGAAUGGAGAAAAGUACUACCUGACCUCUGGGCUAGGGGAUGGGGUGCUGCAGCAGGUCGAGCUGAGCAGUGAGGCCCCGGGUUCUCCCUCCAUGGUGGGUUCUCCCCAGCAGAACCAGCUCAACCCUAAGAGGUUCUCCUGUCGUAUCUGCAUGGAGUCGUUCCACGGCCGCAGUGACAUGGAGAACCACAAGAGGGCCCAUAUCGACCCCUCCACCUUUAAGUGUCCCGACUGUGACUUCACUGCCUCCUCCUGGCCAGUUGUCAAGACCCACAUGGUCAUGCAUGCCUACCUGAGACCUCACAAGUGUCCCAGCUGCAGCUUUGCCUCCAAGAACAAGAAGGAUCUGAGGAGACACAUGAUGACGCAUACCAACGAGAAGCCCUUCACCUGCCAGAUCUGUGGACAGAGGUUUAACCGUAACGGCCACCUCAAGUUCCAUAUGGAGCGACUCCACAGCCAGGACCCUCCGACAAAGAAGAGCCGCUCUGGAGCAGGCUCCCAGCAGACCAUCAUAGUUAACAGUGACGAGGAGGCUCUCGCCACGCUACAGUCAGCUCUGCAGGCAGGACAGACUAUCAGCCCAGAGCAGCUACAACAGGCCUUGGGUCAGGACCACAUCAUAGUGUCCCAGGAACAAGCCUUGGGUCAGGACCACAUCAUAAUGUCCCAGGAACAAGGCCUGGGUCAGGACCACAUCAUCAUGUCCCAGGAACAAACCUUGGGUCAGGACCACAUCAUAGUGUCCCAGGAACAAGGCCUGGAAGACCAAGAGGAGGCCACGUACAUUCAGCAGAUCACCACAGUGGACGGACAGACGUUACAGUACAUGACAGGAGACAACCAGGUCCAGUAUAUCAUCUCUCAGGAUGGAGUCCAACACUUCCUACCUCAGGAGUACGUGGUGCUAGCAGACGGGAACCACAUCCAGAUGUCAGAUGGCCAGAUCAUCCAGUAUGAGCAUGAUGGUGCCUUCCUGCAGGAGCAACAGAUUGCCCUGAGUCAUGACGGACAGAUCCAGUAUCUUCCCAUCAGUUCAGAACAACAGAUGGUCAGUCCUGAGGACCUGGAGGUUGCUGAACACUCUGCUGUUACUGCGGUAGCAGAUGCAGCCUUGCAACAGACCCAGACGGUCUAUACAGAGGCCACACAAGAACAGCUGGAGCAGCUACAGCAGCAGGGAAUCCAGUAUGAUGUCAUCACCUUCACCGAUGAGUAGAGACCCUCUGUUGGACGGAUGGAAGUCGGGAGGGAUGGCUCUCUGUGAUUACGGACUUGUCUCCUAGUAUGAUGUCUACUAUUGGCUGCCUGAUGUCCGUAUGUAGUGCAGGACUAGUACGGUGGAACCACGAUGACCACGAUGACCUCCAGCAUGGUUCGACAGGACCGGCCCGAGUGAGACAUCAGAGAAUCAAAAAAAUCAUUGUGUAAAAUCAUCCAAAACAGCUACUCAUUAUGCGAUCAAGAUUGGCAAAUCUUGGCAGGGUUUUGCCUAGGUCCAUCCCCUAGAACACACUGCUCUACUCUCUAGGAGCUCUGCCAUGCUUCAGAUACCCAUAACCCACUGCUCUACUCUCUAGGUGCUCUGCCGUGCUUCAGAUACCCAUAACCCACUGCUCUACUCUCUAGGAGCUCUGCCGUGCUUCAGAUACCCAGAACCCACUGCUCUACUCUAGGAGCUCUGCCGUGCUUCAGAUACCCAGAACCCACUGCUCUACUCUCUAGGAGCUCUGCCGUGCUUCAGAAACCCAGAACCCACUGCUCUACUCUCUAGGAGCUCAGAUACCUGGGAUGAAAGAAGCAGCCCUAGAGAGGAUUCUAGUGUCUGGUAGAUCUAUCACUCAUAGUGGGAGUGUUGAAUAGAUGAACUCUCACUGUUAAGUAGAUCUAUAAACAGAAGCUUUUGUAAAUUCUAAAUAUUGUACCCGUCGCUUCUAAGUUAAUCAAUAGGGGCUGAUGUACAUUAAAGAACAAAGUUAGACACGGUUGGAUGAUCUAGACUGUCUGAAAUGCCACCCUAUUUCCUACAUAGUGCACUACUUUUGACCAGGGCCCUUCAAAACUGGUGCACUAAAUAGGGAAUAGUUUGUAUUUUGGUACGUAGGCGUACUCUGUAAUUAUUUAAGAUCUGCGGUUUCCUCAACACCUGCUUUGACUUGCAAGACAAUGUCACAAAAGAAGAAAUUAAAAUGGACUGUGUGAAGACUGCCUCUGGAGGAUCGGAGGACUGUCAGACUACAGGGUUGAUUGUGAUUUGUGGUUUAAAAGGAGUGAUUAAUCAUUCGGUCAUUUGUACAUAACUUUUUGCAUAUGAAGCAUUAUGUUCCAUGAUUUGCUUAAAUGAAAAUUGCUGAAUAAGCUAAAAGCUGAUGCCAAAUAAAUCACAACAUUUACAUAUGAAUCAUUUUGCAGACGCUCUUAUCCAGAGCGAUUUAGAGGAGCAAUUAGGGUUAAGUGCCUUGCUCAAGGGCACAUCAACAGAUUUUUCACCUAGUUAACGCAAAGAUUCAAACCAGUUACCUUUUCGGUUUCUGGCUCAGUGCUCUAAUCGCUAGGCUAGCUGCCACAUUACUACAUUCUGUCAGAUCUUUCACUUCCCUUAUUGUGAUUUUGUUUUCUUAUGCUUUCAUUUUGACCAGAUUAGAAUGUUUUUGUCAUAGAAAAACAAAAUUGAGGUAUUGUGAUACUACUUGAAACUGUGAUACCUGAGCUGGUACCAUGACAACGGUACAACCAAUCAUCCUUCUACUCUAAGCCAAUAAUAAGUGUUCUGAAACUUGUAAAUUACAAGUUAGAGAGACACCCCCCCCCCCCCCCCCCCAAAUGAAGGAAGUGAAUCACAAGGUUGGUCUCGGAACAAUGCAGUAAAAGACCUGUCAACUCCAGUUGCCUUUUUUUGGUUGGUGACUAGGAUGUGUGCGGACAGCUGCACAGCCUCAGUGAGUACUUGACUGAAGAUGAAGAUUCUCUUUCUCUUGAUUCUUCUAUUAGAUGUCCCUGAGAUGGAAGCACAACAGAGGACGGUGGUGAAUGGACAAGCGUUGCUGAGAUUUGUCUUUCCUCCUUUCUACAACGGUUAUGAGAAGUUCUGUUCUAAACUAUAUCCUUGGGGAGUUUCUGUUAUUGUGAAUACCAGAGGAUAUGUCAACGACUUCUACGAGGGAAGAGUAUCCACAACCGAGUACAAUGGUGGAAUGGACGUUGUGAUAUGGAAUUUAAAGCCAGUGGACACUGGCGACUACAGGUGUGCUAUUGUCACCAUUGGAUGGAAUCAUAUCUACAAAGACUAUAACCUCCAGAUUGAUAGUGGUCGACGUAGCGGUCCAGUAUCCCCUCGACCUCCGGUCAGGUCAACCAUCAGCCCCUUCAUCUUCUCUUCCUCAUCAGACACCUCUGGGCCUGUUUUCACCCUGGACCACAGUGACAGCCCCAGUGUUCCCUGGAGCUUUGGUUUACCACUAGCUGCAGGUCUUUGCAUCGCUAUGGUGAUUGUGAUCAGCUCAGUAGUCCUUGUUGUGGUUCAUCACAAAAUCAUCACGAAAAAGAAAUGUGGAGCAACUUCCAGUGACUCAGCUGCACACAUCCUCUCAGAUGUCCUUCAGGAGGAGAGCAGUAUUAUCUACACCACAGUGGACUUCAAGCCUCAUGAGAACCAUACCACUGAGCUGUAUGCUAACCUACAGACACUCCGCAGCCCCAGAAGCACCGACUCACACAGAGAGCCUGCUGGGACAGUGGUGUACUCCACACUGGCUAGCAACCAACGCUGAACCCGAUUUAUCUUUCUGAUGAUCCCAGAACUCCAAUGUUUGAAAACCUGCAUUGUAUAACCUCAACCUGGUUUAGGGCUCUAUUCAAUCAGAUCCACUUUAGUCGAUGAUUAAAGUGUUGUUUUUUUUUGCGGUAUUGGAGGUGGAACUGCCUACAGGUUUAUCAAAUCCACAAGCGGCUCCGGGCAUUAUACCUAAAGGUGGACACUGCCAUUGGCUGCACGGUGUCACAAUAAUAGAAAACCCAUGCAGCUUUGUUUACAAGUUUGAACACUGCAAUGUGAGAUGUAAUCUACACCUCGAAUUAGGCUGAUAAUAUUUUUUUUAUUUGAGCGUCAUUAUUUCUGUUUAUAAACUGGGUGGUUCGAGCCCUGAAUGCUGAUUGGCUGACAGCCGUGGUAUAUCAGACCGUAUACCACGGGUAUGACAAAACGUUUAUUUUUACUCCUCUAAUUACAUUGGUAACCAGUUUAUAAUAGCAAUAAGGCACCCUGGGGGUUUGUGAUAUAUGGCCAAUAUACCAUGGCUAAGGGCUGUGUCCAGGCACUCCGCGUUGUGUCGUGCUUAGAACAACCCUUAGCCGUGGUAUAUUGGCCAUACGGGCCUUAUUGCUUAAAUAGCCUACAUAUUCUUGCUUUGAACUUCUAACAGGAGUGGGACGGGUGCGAUCAUUGUCACGCAGACACAAGAGCAGCUGCUCACCGAUUUGACCGCUCAAACGCAGUUCCACCUCCGACACCGCCAAAACAUCAGCUGUAGGGGUGUCGGCUAUCGCCAGUUAACGCUUGAUUUGCCAUCGUGUUGAUGUUGUGUUGAUAUCAUGGGAUGGUCAGUCGUUGCAUCCACAGCUCUGUCUAUUCAUUUGAGAGUGGUUACAUUUCUCUAGGCCCAUCCCUCAGUUUUUUACCCAAACAGAGGUGGGGUGACCACUUUGUUUCAGAUACAGAUUCUAGCUUUAAGAUUUAUAUCUAUUUUGACUUAUAAACCAUAGAAAUAAUAAAGUAUGAAUCCGCUGCA